GUGAUUAUUGCCUAUAAGUGCUUGGUUUGAGCAGCUUUCAUGUCACCGUCAUACGCAUCAGGUACGAGCAUUUACAUUGUUAAAUGUGAGCGUCAAUCUUAAUAUUGACUGUUUUGGUUCACUACAAGUUGUACAAGAUACUUUUUUGUCGAAGUGAAGACACUUUAACAAACAUGGUUUUGUGCAUUAUUUAAAAUUUCAGCAUUUAGAUCGAAUAAGUUUAUAUUCUAUUUUGCGAAGACUUAAAAUGAGCUUUCAAACUGCAGCUAAAGUUUUUGUGUGAUAAAUUUUUUAUCGUAACGCACACAAUGUAUGUUGAUUUGCGUAUUACCGAACUUUUCCCUCGUGUUUUACAUCAUUCUUUGACAAAGCAGCUCACGUAAAUAUAGGGUUUGAGUAAAUAAAAAAUGUUGAUUCAUAUUUAGACAUGUGUAUGGUUGUAUUUCUAUUUAUCCCGGAUGAACAAUUCAUUCAAAAUCAACAUAUGAAUGUCAUAGCUCUUAUUAAUACAUAACAUGUAAAAAUUAUCUGAGUAAAUCUCAGACAUUCGACUAACAAGCAUGAUUAAACUGUCUGGAUGUGUCGUCAUAAUAAACAAGUGUUUCUCGUAACCUCUAUACGUAAAGGAUUAAAUAAGUCCAUGAGGUACUAUAAUUCAGUAAAAUUUGUAUUAUUCGUUUAAUUAUCAAGUGAUUAUUUUGAAUGUUACUAAAGGUUUCGUCUACUAAAGGCUUAAAAAUGUCGAAUCGAUUAAUUGAGUGCCAUUUGUCGACUAAUGCUCACAGAUUUAUGUGAAAACUAGAAUCCUUAAUCGUAUGACUUAGUAAGCUUCAAAAUAUUGUAUACGUCAUAUAUUUCGUUGUUGAAAACUUAACAGAUGAUAACAAAACAGAUAAUCUCGACACUUAUUAAAACCAUAAUUGGUUAUCCUCUAAUAGGACACCUUAAUUAAGUAAACUUGACAUGUGUACUUGAUAAGUAGUUUCUUAUUCAUAAACGUAAUCCAGUUCGUGUUCAGAUCUUUCUGCAUUCCAUAGAAAACGUUUUCUAUAAGGAUUAACAAUGACUCAAGACUUUUCAAGAGAAGUAUUAAAAGCAUGUUCCUUAUACACUAUCCCUACUUCUGAUUUCCUUCAAAAGUCGAAAUUCAAAACAUGUCAGGAACUUGUCUCAAAGUUAAAAAUGUUUACAAUUUGUAUACUGAUUACUUUCAAAGCCAGUAAGGCCAUGCACUAUAAUAGAUACCAAGUAAGUCUUAUAUUUCAAGUACAGCAAAUGAACUGUAAAAGCGCUCACCACACAUUUCUAAGUGUUAUUUCAUAUUUUCCACUUUGUUUAAUUUGAUUAUAACAGUGUUUGAUAAAUGCAAAAGAAAGAGGCCGAUGGCUUCACGGUCAUCCUAUACAAGAGAAGAUGGUUUUCGCUACUGAUAUUUUGUCUGUGUUCAUUUGGGAAUGCUUAUCAGUGGAUUCAUUUGAAUAUAAUUUCUGAUAUUGUUCUGUUUUUUUGGGAUGCUUCUAUUCCAGGUGAGCCAUUGUUUGUUGAAGUUAUGAUUUAGCAAAAACGAUUACUGAUGUUUUAUUACCAAUAAACCUAUAAGCAUGGAUACAGAAACCUUUUUUGGCACUUACUGUUAUUUCUUAUCAAAAAGUACUAGCAUUUUUAAGGCUGGUUGUAUAGGUUAAGUAGCAGACCUAAGUUUAGAAUCUUAUAUUAGUUAAAAUGAUUCAUUUCACAAAAUUUGGGAUUUUCUUAUUAUCUUACUAGCUAUGCUGUUUACCAUCAAAAUAGUUUAAUCCAUUUUUGAGUGCACAACUGAACUGCAUAAUUAGCAACGAUAAAUAAAUCUUUCAUUUAGCCUAUCAUAUUAUAAAGACUCCGUUUGGCGACAGUGAUAAUAGAAGUAUGAGUUGAGUUGGAAGAGUAUUUUUCAGACAAAUGUACAGACGUAUGCGCAAUCACACAUGUAUAAGUGCAGAAUUAGGAGGAUGUGAAUAUAUGUGAUAAUUGUGGAUAAAUUCAUGACUUUCUAUGAAAAAAAAGUCAUUAGAAAGGUAAAACCGACUCGUGAGCCACAUACCGUUUUCGUUAUUAAAAUAAGUUCAAAAGCUAAGAUAAUGUGUGUGCACACUAUGGUGUAAUGACGUAAAUAAAAUAAACCCCUACCAGUCCGUUGGUGUAAUAAGUUUAUUAGAAAAAAAUGGCUUGUUUACCGUACUUUGUUGACUAUUUUUAUGUAUUUUACCAGUUGCGAUGUCUGUAUGAUGAUGUAUUGAUGUAUAUUUGAGAUUUCGUCUGCUACUGUCAUCAUAAUUUGAGUAUUGUAUCAUUUAUGGGUCUUAUACUGAUUUAUGUGGAUCUGAAAUGUUUAAAAUGAUAGUUAAUUUUUUUUACAAUCAAAUUUUUUUGCUAAUAUACUUAUAUUUCUGUUGGUAAGUAGAUAGGAUCCAAAUGAGCUAGUUUAGCAUAUAGACUGUAUAAUAUAUUUCACUUCAGAAUGAUGGUUUAUAGAAAAAGCUUAUCUAAAAUGUUAUUUGUUAGUUAUAAUUAAAGCGAUGAAUCUUAUUGUGCUUCAAACGCAUUCCAUAAAACUGUCUGUAAGACCUAUAAUUUCUAUUCCACAGAAAUACCUUUUUAUUUGUUGAAUAAACUGAGACUAAGUGACAUAAUGGAUGAAUCUUUGUCUUGUAAAAUAACAAGUACUUAACUCAGUCAGUCAGCCAGACAACUGCUCAGACUUGUUAAGGAAACCGGUAUUAGGAACCCGACUGUUAGCGAAACUAUCUCGGAAAAAGAUGGAUAUAUUAUUCACUCUCAGUUCAGGAGAUUGGAUCGAUGGGCAGAACACUUUAGGGAUCAGUUCAACCGGCCUUCAGUCGACCUGAAUGGUAAGUUAAUGUAAGUCCUCCAACUCUUUACGAGGUUGAAAAUGCUAUAAGGAAUCUGAAGCGUGGUUCUGUGACAGUGUUUGUCACUGAAAGGAGUACCAAAGUAGUACAAUAAUCUUAUAAAGACUCUGUACUCGAAAACAACAGGUCGAGUUAGAGCUUAUGGCUAACUGUCAUCAGAAUUCUUUACCUCAAGUGGUACUUAAAUAGUAUUUUAGUAUUGAUAUUUGUAUUGAGAUGAAUAAAUCUACAACUGAUGAACUUUAAACAAGACUAAGACCGCUCAUCCUGAAACAUAAUUUAAAGAAUUUCUAUAACAGUUACAAUAGUAGUAGCUUGUAAAUUAACCAAUAAACUAGACUAAACUAAAAUAAAAAUUAACUUAAUUUCCAAUUAUAUUACUGUUAAAUUUGAUCUUAGAAAAUCAAAAUGUGAUUCGGUAUAUGAAUAUUUAUAGCACAUUUAAAUGUAUUAUCAUACUUUAAAACAUUUAUAGUUAUUAAAUCUAUCUAAGCUUUAUUUAUAUUACAAAAUUUAAAUGAAAUUCAUUUCGAGGGUCGUCUGUAGAUACCAAGACAAUAUCUGUAGAUUGGUUGUCAAUGAUUUAUAUGCUCGCUUAUAUCCCAUUGAUAUUUCCUUCUAAUUGGAUACUGAAUAGAUGGGGCCUGCGUGUAACUCUGCUAGUUGCUUCAGCAUUGAAUGCAGUCGGUGGUUGUAUUAAAUGUAUAGCGGGUGCAGUUACGUAUGAAACAACGUUUGGACAGUCUAAUAAAUCUAUUCCAUUCAGUAAUAAACUUGGUUUUCCAAUACUUAUGGCUGGACAAACUAUUUGUGGAAUAGCUCAAUCCGGUAUAUUGGGUAUACCAGCCCACUUAGCAGCAGUUUGGUUUGGAGUAAAUGAAGUUUCAACGGCUACUGCACUUGGUGUAUUCGGGAAUCAACUUGGUGUUGCAUUUGGUUUUCUAGUACCACCACUUAUUUUACCAUCGAUACCGUAUAGUUCAAAUGGAACUAAUCAAAUUGAUCCAACAACAGAUAUGAAUGAAUUAUUCAAUAAAAUUAAACACUAUAUGAUGAUUAUGCUGUAUUUUAGUGCUGCUUUAAAUAUUCUUCCAUUUAUAUUUGUAUUGUUUGGUUUUCGUGCAAAACCUAAAACUGAACCAAGUUUAGCACAAUAUAAACGUAGUGGUUCAUCGGUUAUUCAUAAAUUACAUAUAAAUGACCAAUUAUCCAUUGAUAACAAACCUUCAAAUGGAAUUCAUUCAAUAGUCACUAAUAAUGGUCUACACGAAAAGAAAAACAAUAUUGAUAAAGAAUUCUAUACAAAAUCAUUAGACGCUGAUCAACAAUAUCCAGCGAUUAGUCCAAAUGAACAUUCAAUAUCAUCAACAAAACAGGAUACCCUAAAUACAAAUAAUUCAAUAAUGAAUAAUUUUAUUAUCAAUAUUGAUGAUAAAAAUGAUAUCAGUAGUAUAGAUAAUUAUUCAUAUCAAUCAUUACAAAAUAAUCCUAGAAAUGAAACUAUUUCAAUGGCAUUAAAACGUUUGUUUAAAAAUACUCCAUUCAUUUUAUUGUUUAUUAGUUAUGGUAUACUUACUGGUGUCUACUAUGCUGUUGGUACAUUAUUAAAUAGUAUUUUACUAGGAUAUUUCACAAAUUCUAAUCUAUCUGGUUGGGCUGGUUUCACAAUGAUUAUUGCCGGUAUAUUUGGAUCAGUAAUAACUGGUGUAAUUUUAGAUAAAACAAAAAAAUUUAAAUUAAUCACAUGCAUUAUAUAUAUACUAAGUUUAUUGUUUAUGGGAAUCUUCACUGGAAUAUUAUAUUUUCGUUCAAUGCCAAUAGUCUUUAUCAUUAUGUUCUGUUUAGGUUUCUUUAUGACCGGUUAUUUAAGUAUUGGUUUUGAAUUAGCCGCUGAAUUAACUUAUCCAGAAAGUGAAGGUUUAUCUUCUGGUUUGUUGAAUACAUCAGCACAGAUAUUUGGCCUUAUACUGAUUCAUGUUGCAACACCAUUGAGAACAAAUUAUGGAGUUUUGCCUGGAAAUUUAUUCCUUACAGGAUUAACACUAAUUGGAACAAUAAUGACAGUGUUAAUUAAAGAGAAUCUUUAUCGUCAACAGGCACAUGAACGUAUGAAUAGACAUUUAACAAAACAAAUUAAUGAAGAUCUAAAUGUUCAACAUAAUGAAUGCAAUGAAACAUGAACAACUUUACUUUCUCAUUUUUAAAAAAAAAAUUUUGUUCUUUUAAAUAUUAGAAUGAAUAAUUUCCCAAGUGCUCAAAAUUAUGCAAUACAAUGAUCAAUAUCGAUAUGUGGUUGUGUGUGUGUGUGUACGUGUGUAAUAUCUCUCUCUAUAUAUAUGCAUAUAUAUGCAUAUCUAUUAGAACGAUUCUGUUGAUGUAUUUCUUUUUGUACUGUCUCUCCCUCUCGUACCAUCUCCAUCAUCACCCCUAUCCCCAUCAUCAUCAUCAUCAUCCCCAUCCCCAUCAACAUGUGAAAUAAAAUCAUGAAUACUUGGUAAAAAGAAAACAACAAAAUCUCAGAUAUCGACUAUCAUUUACAUUCAUUCUUUAUUGUCAAUUUUUUUUAUGAAGAUGUUUUAUUUUUAACAGUGGAAUCAUUCAAUGAUCUUUUGUUUUGUAUCUAUGUGUGUGUAUGCGUGUGUAUGCGUGUGUGUGUGUGUGUGUGUUUGUUUGUUUAUGUGAAUAUAUUGACAUCUGUUUUUAAAACAAAAAAAAUUUUUUUCUCUUUUUGAUAGUAACACUGAUUACGUAAUUUUCUACUACUACUAUUAUUCUUAUUAUUAUUAACCCGAUCUCGUUUUGUUCUAUUUUGUGACUGUAUUAUUAUUAUUAUUUUUUUGUUUCUCAUACUGAAUUAGAUUAGAUUUGUCUUUUUGUUUUUCUAUUACAUAACAUGAAUUUGACAAAGAGAAAAAAACAAGAAAAACAAACAAGUAAACAAAAGAAAAUGGUAGAGAGAAAAAUGACUACCUUCAUUGUGUUUUUUUAUUCUCGGUUCAUAUUUCUAAAAUGUUCACUUGUUUAUAUGUUUCACUUUUUUCUGCUUCUUUUUCUUUUUUUCUUUUUCAUGGUGUCUUAUUUUCUCUCACACAGAGUUUGUUGUUACGUUUUCUUUCUGUUUUUUUUUCUUUUUCACAGUGGCUUAUUUUCUCUCACAUGGAUUGUUGUUCCGUUUUUCUCUUUUUUUUCUUUUUCACAGUGGCUUAUCUUCUCUCACAUAGAUUGUCAUUUCGUUUUCUUUCUGCUUUUUCCCUCUUUUUUUCUUUUUCACAGUGGUUUAUCUUCUCUCACAUAGAUUGUUCUUCCGUUUUUUUCUUUGGUAUGUUUUACCUUUACACUAUAAUUGUUAUAAUCAUUAUAAAUUCUCUUUAUAAAAUAUGGAAUUAGAUCAUGUUGACAAGCAGGUAAGCAAAUGUUUGUUUAUUUUUUUUAGACAAAUAAAUGAGUUUUGUUUGUUGUC